AUGGUAAAAGAUGAUGUGAAGGUCUCAAAAGAGCAGCCUGAUUCUGAAUACACUGUGUUUCAGGCUGCCUGGAGCCUGAAAACACGAGCUUUGACAGAAAUGGUGUAUGUGGAUGAAAUCGAUAUAGAUCAAGAAGGAAUCGCAGAGAUGAUGCUGGAUGAAAAUGCCAUUGCUCAAGUCGCACGACCAGGAACAUCUUUGAAACUCCCUGGAACUAGCCAAGGUGCAGGCCCCAGUCCAGCUGUUAGGCCAGUAACUCAAUCAGGAAGACCUAUUACAGGAUUUGUGAGACCCAGCACACAAAGUGGGCGGCCAAGUACUAUGGAACAGGCUAUAAAAACACCUCGAACAGCUCUCACAGCUCGUCCCAUUACUAGUGCUUCUGGGAGAUAUGUCAGGCUAGGAACGGCUUCAAUGCUGACAAAUCCAGAUGGCCCUUUCAUAAAUCUGUCUCGACUGAAUUUAGCAAAAUAUGCUCAAAAACCCAAACUGGCAAAG